AGCAGCAGCAGCAGCAGCAGCAGCGACAGAGAACCUCAGCGUCGCCUGCGCCUUCGGCCACGAGCGUGACCUCGUCCGCGUCGGCGUCGACCACUGCAGGAAAGCAAACGACGAGCGACGGCAGCUCGAUGGGCUCACCCUCGAGCAAAGAGUAUCUGUCGACGGCCGCGAGCGUUCCCGACGACGAGCUUCUCGACGACAUCCCAGCUUGGCUGCGCUCGCUGCGGCUGCACAAGUACACCGACAACCUCAAAACUUUGAAAUGGCAAGACCUCGUGCGUCUGUCUGCCGAGGACCUCGACGCGCGCGGCGUGUCGGCUAUGGGAGCGCGCCGGAAGAUGUUGAAGGUGUUUGAGGUCGUGCGCGCGGCGAAAGCGAAGGAGAUUGAAGAGUACGAGAGCAGCAAGGAGAACAAAUAGCUUCGUCGGCUGGUUCGACAAAGCGUCUCUAUUUACAAAUUAUGAAUGAAAGAGGAGAUGCAGCGCAGGUCCUUGUGUUUUCUCGGUAGUAGCUGUUUUCUAAUUUGUUUGGUACAUGUUUUUUUUUUUGCUUUUUAGUUGCGUUUGAUGCAUAGAGCGUUUUGCUAUGUCAUUGGUGUUUUUACAGUUGUCUAUUUAGUUUUUAGCAUGAGGGUGUUUUUAUUAUCUCAAAGUCUGGGAGUUAUUUAUCAAAUAAAGAUUUCCUUUUCCAUUAUAACUACAUCUCUCUUUUCCAAUAUAACUACAACGAAGGAGAGUACUGAUUGAUUUUUGAGGAGAGAGUCGGGGUACUUUGUGUAUCGGAUGUAAGGCUUGUUAUCUCAA